UGAAGAAAGAGUGAAUGAUCUGAAUAAAGAAAGAGUAGUGAAUAUUAUUAAAGAAAGCAGUGAUAACUAUAAUAAAGCUAAUGAGAAGAAUGACUAUAAUGAAGCUAAUAAGAUUGCAGAGAAUAAUAAUAAAACAAGAGCAGAUAAACCAGAAAGU